AUGUCGACCUCAGUUUGGCCAUCUUUACCAGCCUUUGAGUUAAGAAAAGAAGAAGAUGAUUCUACGGAACGCGAAUUAUCAUGGCUUCUAGAAUCACUUCAGGAUACUUUAACUUCACUCAAGACGGGCCUCGAAGAUUGUUAUGCGCUUCUUGCGCCGGUUGAGCCAGGCUCUACACUUGUUAUGUCAUCACCUCGUUCUGAGUAUCUAAAGGGUCAUAUUACACGCGUGGGCACUCAGGUGGUUAAAGGAACGCUUCAUCUCCGCCUCAAAUCUCUCCCACCAACCUCCUUUUCCGUCUCUCCAAUCCAACCUCUCGUCCUCGAACCCCUCACGCAGCUCCGCAAUCUUCUAAACCAAAGUCUCGAUUGUGUCGAUAUAACUCGCUGGACUGGUGACCGUCACUCCGCUCCUUUCAUAUCCUCACAACUACAUCUCCUACAUAGUAUCCUCACCGAAGCCAAGCUCGUUCUCAAAGGCCCUUCUCUCCUCGAAUCCUCUACUCAAACUCCUGCCUCCUUGAAUUGGGCACACAAGCCCGUCGAUCCCGAUACUUUCUCCCCAUCUCUACCUUCUAAUCUCUCUCUCGAUCUUACAAUCUCCGAUGGCUCAUUACUGCUUACCAUACGAGUUCUUGAGCCCGUAGCACAACAAGUGAAUCUAGGAAGCAGAAUAGCAUUUGCGAUAGGAGCACAGAGGAGAUUAGAGCAUGAUGAGAUGGAUGAGGUGUUUAUGUAUAAAGGAGAAGAGGUCAGAGUUAAGGAGAAGGUGAGGGUAGAGAGUGGAGAUCCAAAGUUAAUGAGUGUUUUGGCCAAGGUGGCAGCAUUGGAGCAUACGGUUGAGGGGGCGAGGGCGGGACUAAAGAUUGUCAUGGGUGGGGAUGUUGAGGAUAGCGAGGAAUAG